AAUGAGCUGCCUGAACGUGCCCGGGGUGCAGCCCGGCUCGCCCGCCAAGGCGCGCGGCCAGAUCCAGGUGAUUUUCGGGCCCAUGUUCUCCGGGAAAAGCACAGAACUCAUGCGCAGGGUCCGCAGAUUCCAGAUUGCACAGUACAAAUGCCUGGUGAUAAAGUACGCCAAGGACACUCGUUACUGCACCAAUGGGGUCUCCACGCAUGACAGGAAUACCAUGGAGGCUUUUUCAGCCUGUUAUCUCAAAGAUGUGCAGCAGGAGGCGCUUGGUUCAGCUGUGAUUGGUAUUGAUGAAGGCCAGUUUUUCCCAGACAUUGUGGAGUUCUGCGAGGCGAUGGCCAAUGCAGGGAAGACGGUAAUUGUUGCUGCCCUCGAUGGGACCUUCCAAAGGAAGGCAUUUGGGAGCAUCCUGAACCUGGUCCCCUUGGCAGAGAGUGUAGUGAAGCUGAAUGCUGUAUGCAUGGAGUGUUACCGGGAGGCUUCAUACACUAAGAGGCUGGGUGCUGAGCGGGAGGUUGAAGUUAUUGGAGGGUCAGACAAGUAUCACUCUGUCUGCCGUGUCUGCUACUUCAGGAAGCGACCUCAGCAGGCUGGGCCAGAAAACAAAGAGAACCUGCCUGUGGGAGCCAAACAGGUGGAUGCCAUAGCCUCUCGAAAGGUCUUGGCUUCGCGACAGAUGCAGUGGAGCCCAGCAAACUGAGCAGGGGAGGCUAGAGACUACAACUUUAGGGCUUUAAAGCUGGCUUUCUCCUCUGUUCAGCCUAGAGCUGUCUUGUGGCCUCCCCAUGCUACCUGCCAAACCUAACUGCUGCUUGUGUGUGCUGAGCUACAAAGAACCACGCAAGCCUCCAUGUAGAAGGGACAAAAGGGGAGAACAAUGACAAACAGGAGUCAGGCAAGCAACCAAGGGGAAAGUCCUCUGCCAUGGGAUCUGGGCAAGAAAUGGGAGGCACUUACGGAGGCAUCCACACUGCAACAGACCCUAGUCCCUGAGUGUGGGACUUCCCAGUACACCCAUCUGUCCAGGCUUCUGAGUAACAAAUUCCUCCCAACUUCUGGUUACCCCUCUAAAGCACUUUUGACCUCCCUCCCUGACACUGUUGCUGGGUUUUGCUUGUGUUCUUAAGGACCUUGCCUGUUCCUAACUAGCUUAUGCAUUUGACUUGCUGCCUGGGGAUGCCCUGUCCCUAGGUGCCACUGGGGCAGGAGGACCUCAUUGCUUUAGCCCCUUCAUUAUAUUGCCUCUUACUCCAUUCUUAGGUAAAUGGCCUCAGUCCUCCCAUCCCUAUUAGUGUCUUCUCCUGCUAUCACUACACCCCAGCCAUUAUCUUCCCUCCCAAACAUCAGUUUGCCCUCUAACAAUGCUUAUAUGCAGCUGCCUCCACCCCCUCUCUGGCAAGCAGCUGUAAUUCUCCCUCCCCCGUUGCACUUCAGUGUCUGUCCAAUUUAAGAUGAUUUCUCUGAUUAUACUUGCUAAGUGACUGAGUUGCUCUCAGUCAGGGCUGUUCCAUUCCAAGGGGUUUUUACUGUUACCAGCAGUGGAGGUGGCAUUGAUGUGUUUAUUUUUAGGGUUAGGUGGGUGUUCUGUUUUUAGUUUCAGGUGUACUAACUCAAGGAGUGAGGCCCUGCUCCUCCCUGCAUCCCCCCUAAUGAGGGUGGAGGAUAGUCACCCCUCCAGCCAUGGUAUCCAAGCUCUUAACACAGACUAACUGAAAACAAUGCUCUCCUGAGGUGAGGUGGAGCUCGGGCUGAUGUUAAAGGGUGACAUCUGCUUCAGUGGAGCCUAGUUCUGCUAAUACCACUGUGCACAGCUGCUUACUUGCCUAAGAGUUUGCAGACAGUGGGUCUAAAAGCCCUGUGGCCUGAUGGAAAGGAUGCCCUCUGUGCCUCUACUAGAGGGAGUAAAGAUUAGUGCAGGCAGGGGCUUUGAGUAGCAUUGCUGGUGAGUGCCCCACCCCUUAUUUUGUAGUAAAUCUGAAAGUUGCCUCUGCUGAGCACUAUUUUUAAUCUCCCAGAGGGAUGUGUCUCUGCUGUCUGUAAAACCAGAUGUUUAAAUGAGGGUCUCUUGAAGGUAACAGGCAGCUGAUCUCCACUUUGACUUAAAUUUCCUCUUGUGUCCUUAGCAAAUCUUCUCUUCCCCUUUCUCUCUAAAGCUUGGGAUCAUUCCCUGCUGCUUCCUUGCUGCCAUAACAGCUUGUGGGCCAAAGCCCUUUCCCUAAGGCAGAUGUAGCAUUUUGAUGAUUGCUAGGCCAGGCUAGCCCUUCCCUUUCCUGGAGAAUGUGCUAGCUGCUCUUACCUCCUUUCCUGCAGCCCAGGCUUGCUGCUUUGUGACACAAGGCCUCUGUUAACCACUGGCCUGGCACCAGGAAGUUCUCUUCAGCCCAUUUCCCCCACCCCUUACAGCAGCUGCAUUUAUCCUAACCCAAACAGGGCUUGGAAGCAGCAAGUCUGACCAUCUUUAUGAAGCUUGCCUGCCAGGUGUAAUAGGACUGCUACUAAUUUUAAAUACCUCCAUUACUGCCUUGGGGGGAGACUCUACAAGCUGUGACUGAAGAAUUCCUGCUUGGUUCUAGAGCUGCUUACUAAACAGUGGGAGUUUAAUGUUCUUAAGGCUGCACCAUUAGCCUUGGAGGGGGGCUCAUCCCUUGGUGUGGGCAGCUGCGUAAUGGUUCAGUGGGUCUGUAAGUGUAGGAGUGAGUUUUAAAUUAAAUAAUUUAAUGAAACUCAGUGUAAUGUGUAUUUAAUGCCACAUUCACAAUGCUCUGGCUGAGGCCUCUUCUCAGGCUUCUGGGGGCAGCUGUACUCACGCUCUGCUGACAGGGGCUGUGUUAGAAGCUCUGUCAUGUGGCUUCUUUAGGGGAACUCCCUGCUUGUGUAGCCACUCUCAAAUUCCCUAACCCCUGCAGGAGCGGGGGGGCACUUGAGCUGUGCUAAAAAUAGGCCUGUGCAAUGAUUAUGCAUUUCUUGGCUCUUCAGGAUAGCGACUUGCUCUAGGCAGAGCAUGGUGGGGGGGAAGAGCUGCAUUUCCUAUCUCUCCCUGGGGAGAGGAAACCCACCCCCUUCUUAGGCUGAAACAUCCUGGAUGGGCAAAGGGUGAGGUGAGGCCUCUCCCCAGCAGCAGGAAAGCCCCCCCACACACACACACACUUAGCACUCCCCAGCCCCAGAAAGUCAGCUGCCAUCAGUGAAAAACACUUUAUUCCAUCUUCCCACAAUGAUAAAUGGGCAUUUAAAACAUUCAGUUGCAGGUUAGAAACUGGGGCUGCAACUCACCUACCCAGUGUGGCUAUCAGAUACCACUUCCCAGAACAGGUGCACUGGGGAAGCAACAACCUGAGACUGUUUACAUCCCCAGUCUUGCUUUGCUGGUGUGUACACAAAGAAAACAGCUCCAUCCCCUCCAAUCCCUGCACUGCUGCUUCAGUGGCAGAAGCAGGCUGAAGCCUGGCCCUUCCUUGGAAAGCUAGCUGCCAGGUGGUUUUGAGCAGACACCACCAGGCUGUGCUCUGACCAGAGUACCUUCUGCCAGACCAGGUGUUGUGCUGGGGAAAUAGAGUAGGGCUGCUCAGCUUCCCCCUCUUUGCUCAGGCCCCAGAGCAAAGUCAUUCUAGGAAGCUGUUUCAGCAGCAGUUGAAGAGCUGACCAACCUCCUGAUCUGGGCCAUCUCCUCAUUGCAGAUGGUACCCAAAGAUCAGACCCUCCUGCACUCCUAACAGAAUCCCCUUUAGCUUGCUGGGGGAGGGGUAAGGCACAGCCCCUAACUUAGCAGGAGAACUCUCAAGCUUCAUAUACAAGUCAGUUUACAAGAAGUUUAGUCCUGCACUUUGGCACCAGGCUCACCCAGCAGCAGAAAUGGAAGGCAUCACAGGAACCCCAUUACCCAGCACAGAAGCAGAACUGCAGGUGCAGUCACAAGCAACUGCUGGCCCAGGAACUGAACCCUACUGAGCAAGGUGGCAGCUGGAGAUUAAGAUACCUGAUACAAAAGUGAGGUGGCACUUCAGGGAAUCUGAGCCAGCAGGGUUAGUAAAGGCACCAGGGGCAGAGCUGAAGUUACACUGAUGUAGCCAUGGGCAGGGUUUGGGGGUGUUUAAAACUCACCAUGCUGUCUCAGCCAC